AUGUCUAAUAAGAGAAAGUUGGAAAGCAUCGACGACUCUGCGGCGACGGAUGCCCGAAGGGAGAAAUGGCUUGAUACACUCUUUGGGAGAUCACCUGAGUCAUACCUUCUCACCUCACAUGAAUUACCGUUACCUCCUCUAUCCGAUCUCUCGGGCUCCACGGGGCAAAUGGAAAGACUAUCUCCUUCAAAGCAGUCUUCUGGAUCAUCUACGUUGCCCCUGUCAUCGAAACCACGAAUCAUCUCACAGGGUACUUACAGGUAUACAGACUUGGAAGAUACUGGUUAUCUACCAACAGAGCCAGACCCAAUAUCUCUCCCCACCCAAAAGAAAGAUACUACGGUGUCUGCCCCCCGCAUCAAGACCAGAUUGCCUUCCUCUUCCAUUGGGCCAGAAAGAACCUUCGUGAACAGACCUUCUUUCAGCCCACUCGCGCCUCAAUCCGCCCCGAUGAACUAUUCCCAACAGGGUCAGAGAUUUGUAUCGGCCUCCGGUCCAGGCAAUCUGAUGGCUGAUCCGCACCCCAUAGUCAGUCGCAUGCUCUCCGCUGUGAGCCUUGCGCAUCAAGCCGAGACUUUGAUAUAUCAUUGGGUCCUUGUGAUUGGGCCCGCCGAUAUGAAGGAGAACCCUGUAACCAUUGCUCUGAGAAGGGUGUUGAGUGUGUAG